GUUUUUAUAUCCGCCAUCUUGAAUCGUGAGUUGCAUAAGACAAAAUGUCAGCAAAUCGUUCCUAGUAAUGUACGGAACACGUUGGGUUUUAUUCUAGUAUGUUUAUAACAUUUAGUUCCAAAAGUUUCAAAUACUAGGCUUUUUGAAGCAAUGACGUACAGGUUAUGUUCGCGAGGAGUGAGCUCCUUGUUAACUCGGGCAACUCUGAGACUCUCACAUCCUCAGGUACGCAUGUAAACAGUUAACUCUAUGUUUUUGUUUCAUUUAUGUUAGCUCUUCCCCUUGUGUUAGGCCUCAAGGAAAGAUAGAUAUCGAUUUGUUAGCACAUUAGUUGUACUAGUGCCGCCAAAUAGUUCUCUUUGAUUACUUUUUAUGAACGAUUGCUUCUUUUUUUUUUUUUACUUAUUGUAGUUUGCGCGGUACUCGUUUGGAGCAAAGCAAUUGUUGCUGAGUCACAAUGCAAGGAACUCUUGGUUACUUGGAAGAAUUCUGAAUUUUGAUCCACCAAAGGGUAAAUUUGAUAUGAUGUUGGGGUGGCUUUAAAUUUGUGUAAUCCUGAUUUGCUUUCAACUUUUUCGGCGUGAGACGUGAUGACUUCAAAUUAUUACGUACAAUGUGCGUGUUUGAGAUGAAAUUGUGAGUGCCUCGAGAUCUCUCGCGAAUUUAGUAGGAAAUCAGAAAUCAGUUUGGUAGAUAAGUCCUCAAGUAAAAAUUUGAGAAGUCUAAAAGCAAAUUAGAUCGCUAAAUUGUUUACUAGUUCCGAUAAUAACUUCAGCUUGACAAGAAUUUGCUUCUUGACUACAUUCAUCUACAUGAAUUACAUAACCGUUUGUUUUAUCGUUGGAUCACAAUAUUUCAACUUUACUUCUGUAUAUGCCAAUGUUGAGCAGUUUUCUUCAUUUAGCUUCAAUAGUCCGUGUGAUGCUUUGGUCCUCAAUCAUAAAACAUAAAGUUAUCUUGUUUGUGUUACUCUCCGUUCUUUGAAGGAUUUGAAAAAUUUUAUCCAAAUGCAUCAAAGAAGACAUCAAAUAAAGGUAAGAUCAGAUCAUUGUUCUGCAUUUAAACAUGUAGUUUAACAUGUAAACUGCAGUGUUUUACAAAGAUUUCCAACCCUGAGAAGAGCUCUAACUAGACGCGUGUUCAACUUCAUAUCCUACCAGUUUGCUGCACUCACUUACGAGAUGUUGAGUUCAACACUCGAAGUGAAACUCUUCAUGUAUUCUGUGUAUUAUUCUCUAUAUUCAAAAUCAAUAUAACUUGAGUUAAUAUAAAGAUUAAGUCAAACUUUAAAGUGAAGCUUCAGUUUGCACAUCUGCUCCGCUGUUUACAUUGAUGUUCACUUUAACGGCAAUGCAGUUUGUUGUGGAUGGUUAAUGCAGUUUUGGGUACAGACAUGCAGACUUAAAAGAAAAUAUAAAUGUAAGUGAAAUGUAGAAUGCAUAAUGCCAUUUUCAAAUACCUGCUACUUUGCUAUACGCUGUACAUUUAUCUUUGAUUCCAACAGACUCUAGUAAGAAAGAGAACUCGGAUGUGAACAAGAGGGAAGCAUCAGGGGGUGAUGAUGGUGGUGGAGGAGGGGGAGGGAGCAGUGGCAAACCACCUGGCGAUGACUGGUGGAAGACCCUCUUCGAAAAUAAUCCACAGGCUUUGAUUGGUGGUGCAGUAGCUGCAGUCUUAGCUUUGUUAUUUCUAAUGUCUGAAAGGGACACUAGAGAAAUAAACUGGCAAGAGUUCAGAACAAAAUAUCUUGAAAGGGGAGAGGUAAGAUUUCAUGUCUGUUCACCUUUGAAAAAUUACCUCUAGAAUACAUUUUUUCAUUUUCUACGGCUGACAUUUCAAGCCCUAUUCCACUGCUGGAGUCCUGAGAAAGGGCCUUAGAAAAUCCUUUUGAUGGCCAAUUUAUGUUGUCAACUCAGACGAUAAAACUGAACUGCUUUGGAGUUGUUUAUACACAGACAUGAUAAACUUUGUAUACAUGUUCAUGUCAUGGUUGAAUUGUUUCCAGCUUUUAAAGUUUCCAAACCAGUUUUGAUUUCUCUUUUCCUUGGUCUAGUAUUCAACUACCAUAACCUGCAACAAAGGGAAAGGGGAAUUAUAUCGAUUUGAAAAGAAAAAAAGAAUUAAACUUCUAAGAACUAUGAACCCCAUCAUUUUACUAGCAGUUGGUGUUCAAGGAGGCAUAAUUAAAAGUAUCUUGUAGACUGUAGCAAUUAUACAUGGGCACAAAGAGUAUAAGUGUUUCAAAUUUACAAAUUACUUGUAAUUAAUACACAGUGUUGUUGAAUAACACUCCAUGUUUAUUUUUGUUUUCUCCCCGUAGGUGGAAAAACUUGUUGUGUCAAACCAAAGUCUUGUGAAAGUUUUUCUGAAGAAUGACCCCAACAAGGUAUAGUUUGUAUUAUGCGUAGUUUUACAGGGUUUUCAUGAAGAAAUUUAGCAGCAGAAGGGAAGUGCCAUUUAAUUGGAGAAUAUUCUCAUCUGAAUGAAAAUUAAAAAAAAUCUCAAGACAUGGAAAAUUAUCAUUGGAAUUCUUUGGUGGCUGUAGAGUUUUGUGAUCUCAAAUACAGUACAAACACAAUGGCUUUCAUUCUAAUGCCAGGUCUGGUGGAAGUGGGGUUCUUGGUAGAUUGUGAGGGAGUGUACAUGUUUAGUAUAUGUUACUUUAUAACAUUUCAAAAUUCGGUGUAGUAGUCAACCUAACUGAAACCUUUGCCAGUUCACAGGUGUAUGUAUCAAAGAGAGGAAAAACUACUUUUAGCAAAAUUUUCAACUCUUUUUUUGGUGUGUUGUACAGUAUCAUCAUAUCUCAAGAGUUGACCAAACUAUGACUUCUUCCAGUUCAGAUUCACUGUGAAAUGCACAUGCUGCUGCUAUCAUAACUCAGCUUAUUAAUAAUUAUUGAUCCUGUCACCAGAGUCAGCUUUGUUUCACGAUUGGAAGUGUUGAAAGCUUUGAGCGCAGUUUGGAGGCUGUUCAACAAGAGAUGAACAUUGAUCCUGCAUUUUGGAUCCCAGUGACAUAUGUGAAGGAGUCAGAGUGGCUGUAAGUUCAGACUGAAACUUAAAAUGCUGUUUGCUGGACAGUUGUAAACUGUCCCAGGAUGAUGGAAAACCUCUAAAUAUUACAAUGAUAUAUAUACUUGUGUUUCCUAACCGGGCCAGGUUAAUGUAUUGUGCUCUUGGGCAAAAUACUAUGCUCUCACAAUGCCUCUCUUGCUCCAACCAGUAGUAUAUAUGGGUACAGGCUACUUGUCAGGGAAGCCUGAUGAAAUGCUGGGGGUAAUCUUGGGAUGGACUAGCAUCCUAUCCAGGGGGAAGUUGUAAUACUCCCAGUCCCUCCAUGCCAAGGAAACCAUGAUAAGCUGGUUGGUUGGACCACUACAGGUAGGCUCCAGUACAGACUUCGCCUUUGUUACUGGGAUUAUUCCAACAAAGUUAGCCAUUGCUAUAAAUGCGACAACUUCAUUUACAUUCAACAAAAUUCAGAGUAAGGAAUUGUUUAAUCAGUUUAUUGCUAAGUUUGCUUGUUUGUAUGGGAAUUACUCUAUGAUUAAGGGAAUUUAUAUGCCAAUUUCCACAAAAGAGUCAGAACCCAACUGGGCAUGAACAGAAUAUUAUUGGGAGAAACUCAAUGAGAUGGUGUUAUGCAUGUGUUGGUUGUUGUUUGUAGCUGUUUGCAUGUCUGGUGGUUGUCUCUUGGCCACCAAAAAGGGAGUGAAAACUCCUUGAAUGAUGUAGCUUAAUUUUGUUUUCCUUCACAGGAAGGAGAUCAUCAAGGCAGCUCCAUCACUGCUGAUUAUCGGUGUCAUAAUUUACUUCAGUAGGAAACUUUCCAGUGGCAGCAGAGGACAAGGGGUGAGCUGGUUUUUGUUUAUGUUACCUUGAGCCAUUUAGAUAUAAUGAUUUUGCAGUAUACCAUGGUAAUAUGAAUCUGCCAGUGAUUUUAUUUGUACCUUUGCACCUUUUUGUGAAACACAGGGUAUAUUUGGUGUUGGGCAGUCAACAGCCAAAUUCUACAAUAAAGAAACAAGUGUCAAAGUCAGAUUCAAGUAUGUACUUUGAGUGUAAACCAUCUGAGUUAUCAAGCAUGCAUCAUUUAACUUUUUUUAACUCAAACUAUCUGUAUAUCUAGAGCAUGCAUCAAGCAUGCACCAUUUUAUCAAGCAUGCAUCAUUUUAGGUUUCUUCUUCUUUGAAGCGGGCAAGCACACUUACAGUACAUUUGUAGCUUAGCUUAACAAUAAAUUGGAGCUGAUGCAGGCCAAUGGUAUUAACUUUAAAAGGGCUGAAUCAGGGAAGAUGCCAGUUGAUUAAAGGACUUUUGAUCUGUCAAUCGAUCCAUAUGUAGCUGAUUGUUUGGUGAACAAUAAAAGAGAAGCUCUGCCGCUCUCUGGUGCAACAGCUGUAAGAGGAUGCAUUAAUUUGGUGUCUGUCUAAAAUGUAUUCUUUGGGCAUUUAUGGGCAAGGAGAAGAAUUGUGACUUUAGUUUUUGUCUAAUGCAUGAAACAUUAUGUUGUGCUGUUUGUAGGGAUGUUGCUGGAUGUGAGGAAGCUAAACUGGAAAUAAUGGAAUUUGUGAAUUUCCUUAAAAAUCCUCAACAGUAUCAUGAGUUGGGGGCCAGGAUACCCAAGGUACUUGAAUUAUAAAGUUAUUAUUCCAACAGUUACUGUUACUAGUUGUACUACUGGUUGCUACAGUACACAUACAGCUGUAGAUGAGCCCGAUGAAAGUCAAUUUGCAAUGGGGACUUUCUUUUGUUCACUGUAACUGUGAUUUACAUGUAUGUGUGCAUUGGCUUUAUAUAUUUCAUUGAAGGAUUUGGAUAAAGGAGGUGAUUAACGUGUAACUUCUCCUUAUAAUAUCCACACAUAAAACAAACAAGUUAUGAAUAUACUCAAACUUAACGGUUAGAGGUUGUAAUUUUUGUUCUAAAACCAAAUUCUUACAGCUAAUUUGCAAGAAAAUAUGUAACAGCUAGAGGGGAGAAGUAAGAAUCAGAUCUUAAGAGGUAAAGGGUUAGAAGUCAUCUGAAUAAACACAUUUCCAGCCUUUUAGCUACAUACAAGCUUGUGUGUAGCCAAGUCAAGGACACUGCACAGGGCUCAUGUAUAACACACCAUAACACACCAUCUUAAAUUUCCUUUCAUAGAUUUGGGUUGAGAGAGGCCUGGUAAGAGUUAAGUUCUUUGUACAAGAACACAAUCCGAUGACAAGGCUUGAACCCAGACCUCUUGAUCAGGAGUCCAGGCCAUGCUACAUGUAUAUCCCACAAUUGUCUGUUGCAUGCAGCUAGAUGUAAACUGAUAUUUCUUAUCUGUUUUCCUGUCUUCUAGGGUGCUAUAUUAUCAGGGCCACCAGGUACAGGCAAAACUCUGUUAGCCAAGGCAGUGGCUGGGGAGGCCAGAGUACCUUUUCUAAGUAUUUCAGGAUCAGAGUUUUUGGAAAUGUUCGUAGGAGUUGGGCCAGCCAGAGUCAGAGAUCUGUUUGCCCAAGCAAGAAAGAAUGCACCCUGCAUUAUAUUUAUUGAUGAGAUUGAUGCUGUGGGCCGUGCACGCGGCCGUGGAGGUCAUAUUGGUGGGCAUGACGAACGGGAGAACACCCUCAAUCAACUGCUAGUGGAAAUGGAUGGUAUGUGACUGGCAGAAGGUUAUUUCGAUUUGGUAUGUUAUUUCAGGGGAACACCAUGUCUGAUGGAAUUGUACUUCUUAAGACUGUAAUAUUAUACAAUCAUUGAUGUUUCACAAAAAGGGUGUAUUCGUCUGGCUGUAAGUCCACUUCGGAGUUAAUCGUGUUAGAAUAAAUGAAAGGAAUUCUAGGCUCCCAGCUCAACUCUUUUGAAGUUGAUCCAAAGUGUUAAAAUGUUGGAAAGAGAUUUAAUGUACUGUAGGUUGUCAGACUAAUAAGAAAAAAAGAUUGCUAUACUGUUGUCUACACUGCCAGUAUUUAUUCUCUUUUGCUGUUUAGAUAAACGUAACUUUUUUUCAUGUUUCUUUGGAAUGUAAUCACAGUUUGCACAUUGUAUUUGUAAUAUAAAUGUUGUUCUCUACCAAAGGUUUCAGUUCAUCAACAAACGUAGUGGUACUAUCUGGUACCAACAGACCUGAUAUCCUCGAUCCUGCUCUGCUAAGACCCGGCCGUUUUGACAGACAGAUCCAUCUGCCUCCACCAGAUAUCAAGGGAAGGUAAGUCGCCAAGCUUAGCUGGCGUACAUGUCAGUUCUCUCUAUUGUGUUUACCCUUAAAGUGGAUACAAGCGUGGGAUAAGUGAAAAUUGAUGAGUCACACGCGAGCGGAGAAGCAGUCGCUGCGCAUUUUCUCUGCAGUUUCGUCGCGGUUGCCAAGCGUUUUUCUCCUCUCGGCUGGUAAAAAUGCCUGUACCGAUCAAGGUGUAUGAAUCCAGCUUAAGGCCGUAUAUUGACUUUCAGGAAACUCAAGUUUUUAAUGACCUUUUUUUUUCUUUGUAGAUGUUCUAUUUUUAAAGUACACUUGAAGCCUCUGAAGACAGAACUGAAUCUCGAUCAAGUUGCGCGAAAAAUGGCGGCACUCACUCCAGGAUUUACAGGUUUGCCUUUGAGCUAGUUCUCCUGGAUACGCUUAACUCAGAACUGAAGAUUUAUCUUCUGGUUGAUAAUCACAUUCUUUUUUUUUUAAUGAUAACUAUGUGAAUGAUUGCAGGAGCUGACAUCGCAAAUGUUUGUAACGAAGCUGCCCUCAUUGCUGCGAGGCAUCUUAUGCCAAAGGUGGAGUUGACGCAUUUUGAACAAGCCAUUGAGCGUGUUAUUGGAGGUGAGUGAAGAGAGUGCUGUUGCACGGUUCAUGGGGGCAUAACUCAAAAGUUUUGAUAGUCGUGUCGAAUUGCCUCAAGCCUUCAGUGGCCAUGACAAAAUAUUUUGAAAUACAUGGUGAUGCGCGACAUCUUGGGUGUGAUUGCAUGGAUACUCCGUUUUAGUCCCUUGAUUAAUGCGCACGGGAAGGAAAAAGGGAGCGAGUAAAGAUGAGCACUUUGUCUAUAUUUAGACCCCUCUGUUUUUCCACAUGCUCUCUCAAGUUCCUUUUUAAUGACGGGCCUGGGUCCGACUGAACCGCGUCUGAAAACGUAGACCUUCAGGAUUACAUACUGUAGAUAUUUUAUCUUUUAGUGUACACAAGAGCAUAUCAUCCUCUUGAAUGAUCUCUCUAAGAAUUCUUUCAAUUUUGAAGGUAACGUUAAACACCCUUCUCUCAUUUGUCGUAGGUCUGGAGAAAAAAACUCAAGUUUUACAGCCGGAGGAAAAGAAAGUUGUAGCGUACCAUGAAGCGGGUCAUGCAGUGGCCGGAUGGUUCCUUGAACAUGCCGAUCCUCUUCUGAAGGUGAACUUGUGAAAUCUUCAUUCGUGCAUUCAGUUCGCCUGCUUAUAAACUUUAAUUUAAACCAGACUCAAAUAUUCUUUCUACGGCGUGGGCCGAAUUUGCUGAUACCACUGCAAAUGUUAUCAGCUGUUGAGCAAAGUGGUUCAAUGUAGUCUUGAAGUCUGCGGAUAAAAUCCCGACACAGGUUUUACCUGGUGAGGUGCAGCGUGGUCCUGUUAAAUUUUUACGGGAAUCUUUGGUUGCUUUGUAAUUGGUUAAUUAGGUGAUGGAAAAAAGGAUAAAUUAUGAAAUACAGGGGUGCCCGGCUUAGAGUCGCUGGUACCUCUUAUACUCUAAUAUUUUGCAUUAUUGAAAGAAAUCUUACUUUUCAGGUUUCAAUAAUUCCAAGAGGCAAGGGUCUCGGCUACGCGCAGUACCUCCCCAAGGAACAAUACCUUUACUCGACUGAACAGGUAACGUCCACAGCACAGUGAUACCGAGUUGGCUAGUGUUUGGGAAGCUCGUACUCAAGUGUGAAAAGGUCUUGUCCUUUAAUUGUGUGAAUCACACAACAGAGCGCCUUUCGACUCAGCCAACCACUAGCUACUGGUUUUCCUUCAAUAAUCAUUUGAAAAUUGUAUCAUAGAAAAUCUUUGUUUUAUACCGUUCGAUGUCAGAUUGAUGGUUGCUCUUGCUUUUGUGUUUGUCUUAGCUGUUAGACCGUAUGUGUAUGACAUUGGGAGGAAGGGUUUCCGAACAGAUCUUCUUUGGACGAAUAACCACCGGUGCCCAGGACGAUCUCAGUAAAGUUACCAAGAGUGCUUAUGCGCAGGUACAUUAAAUAACACGUUAAAAACUCGGCCAAGCGUCCAAAAAGCUUUUUAAUUUCUGUUGAAUUGUCUGCGGGUAAUUGGAACGCAAUUAACAUGAGAAGGUUGAGGCCGUCUUACCCAAACUUGGUCACAUCAUGGAUGUCCUUCAUUUCAAGAUGAGUUAGGCUCGUUUAGGUAGGUUUCGGAGAACAUUUUGAUAUUUUGGCUCGUGUGUAUUUCCAUCGGCUCUCCAGUGGAGACAGAAAUUGGCUUUUUUUGUGGGAAAGUUUCAACUUUAAACACAAAACGGACGCCUUUCUACAUUGCUGAAAAUUUCUUUUCUCUCUUUAAUGUAAUCCAAUACGAGAACUGUACUUUUUCCUCCCUCCAACAUUUACGUUGACAUUGUUUUUCUUGACUUCAGGUUGUGACAUUUGGAAUGAAUGAAAAGGUUGGAAACGUGUCUUUUGAUUUGCCCCGCGAGGGAGAACCUACUUUUGAUAAACCUUACAGUGAGGCGACUGCACAGCUCAUUGACGAACAGGCCAGAGAUGUCAUCAACAACGCGUACAAAAGAACAUUUGAUCUGCUCACCAAACACAAAAAAGAUGUAGAAAAGGUAGGGGAUGGCUGAUUAAAAUCUUCAAUAGGGUUUGACUUGACUCGAGGGGAACGGUCUGUUACAUUUCUGUUUCUGUGAAUGACACAGCCAUCUUUUUUUGGAAUCAUAAGAAACUGACAAGUUCUCGGUUGAUUUAGACCCACCUUACGACGAGCUUGUCUGAGAUACUCCUGUUUUCAACUUUUGUCUUUCUCUCCGAGCGAAUUUUGUUACCCUGUAGAAUGACAUCAUCAAAUGGCAGACACUGCUCCUCGUUAACAAUUUGAAUACCCUAGCCGGCCAGUUCACCAAAUACCAUAAAAAGAUGCAAUCAGUAAUAGGCCAUAGAGGUUGUUCGAGAAGCUAUCAGCGUGAGAUUUUGCUUAUUACUAGAGAUUGUUGUAUCGUCUGGUUGCGUAUCGCUAAUUUACUUCUACUGAUCUCCUUGCAUAACAGAUUGCCUUACGACUUUUGGAAAAAGAAGUUCUUGACAGAGAAGACAUGAUUGACCUGUUAGGUCGCAGGCCUUUCAAAGAAAAGUCGACUUAUGAAGAAUUCGUCGAGGGAACUGGUAGCGAAGUAGAAGAUACUAGUCUCCCCAAAGGCUUAGAAGGACUGCAGGAGAAUGGGGACGAGGAAGAGGCCCCUUCAACUACCAUACCCACUUAGUCGCACGAAGGAAAGGAGAGGAACUUUUAAAGAAGGGCUGAAGUAGCUUAGAUAUUUCGAGCAACUACUGUGUCAACUUUUCAUCAUGUACAAACCAGGAUGGAUUUGCAUCUGUCCUCAAUGUUUGAAUUCUAUUCCCAGGGAGUGAAGCUGAACAUCAGCUAAAAUAAGCUAUGGACAUCAUCACUAUGGUUAAAUGUUAACUUUGUAAAUUUUUGAAAAAUAAA